AUAAAAGCCGCAGACACAGGUGGCGAUCUGAUCGGCAGCUUGAGUUUGCCGGUCGACAACAGUAAGCUACUUGUUAGAUUGUAGAAAAUUCAGUAUGAGAUCUUAUUAUAUACUACUGAUACCUUUACUGGGAUUCUUUCUACAACCAACCGUACAUGCUUGUCACAACGUUCUACAUGUGAAGCCAAAGUCUGGGUUGGAUAUUUCUGGACGGCGGAAGCGUCAUGUUGGACCGCAUCCGCAUCCACACAGUAAUCACUCAUCAGAGAAGGACGCAGACCCAGAAUUGUCUUUAUUUUUCUCUGGUUGUAUGUUUAAAAAAACUGGGCCAAUGUUCGAAUCCUGGCCUAGUGUAAUCGAUUUUAUUCUCCGUGAUUUAUACUGGUUUGAAGCCAGCGAUAUUGCUUAUUGUGGAGGUUAUAAAGAUACAGCAAGAUGCUGGCAAAGACGACUUAACUUUUUACUUAAAUUUGAAUCUUCUCUAAUGACACCGGGAAAGGAAUGUAUAGAGGAAUACGAUGAAUCUAUAAAAAGUGAAAGUUAUCUUCAUCUUCCAGGGGGACCCGCAUUUGAAAUUUUUUAUCGAACUCAUUAUGAUUCUUAUCAGCAUGAACCAGUUUAUGGAGAAUUUAAACGAUUCAAAAGACAAAUAGUUGGCAUUGAUGACACACUGAGACGAGCAGAAGAUAUUUUGAAUAAUUUGGAUGAUUUUUUGGAUACAAAAUUCACAACACCGCGCUCGUAUUUUCAAGGCAAAACGACAAGUGAGCCCGAUACUUUGACAAAGACAGAAAAAGAACGGAAAUGUCCCAAAUUUUCUUUAAUCGAGUUUAACAAUUGUAUCCAGUCUCGAGUAGAUGAAUUAGUCCAAACACAGUUGAUACAAAAAUAUCCGUCUUUAAGAAAUUUUAAUGAGAAGUCGAACAUAGAGUUUUUUGAAGAUCAUAUGUCCAGCUGCAGAAUAACUAAAGAAAGGAGAGGGAAAAACGUCGUUUACAUUGAAAACUGCCCCGUAUCGAACUCAAGAACAAAACGGCAAUCGCCAUUCAAACCAAAUACUUUGUUGAACAGAGGCGAAAUUUAUACAGUAACGGACACAGGCCCAUCUUUGCCAGGAAACAAACCUUUAUACAUACCAACUUAUCAUUUCCCAUCAGAACUAUGUCUGAUAAUAGAUUAUCCAGAUGUUGUCAAACCAGCCUCACCUGUUCGUGUACCUAUCACAUUAUGUGCGGAGAAAUAUUUGGGAACAUUUUUUAAUAAAACAGACCAAGAUUUAGAUCUGAUUCCAACAAUUGACCCAAAUGAGAGAUCCAUGUACCAGAGGCCAAGUUCUAAAGGAAAAAUAGGAUCGUGUACCAAGGGGGACGCAUGGACAAGGUAUUACAACGUUGACAAUCAAGACGAAGAAGGUGACUUUGAAACAUUAGAAGAUCUUCGCAAUUUAUUUCCAAAACUUAUUUGUGAUUCCCCAAAAGCAAUUGACGUACGAAUCGCAAAAGGUAACAAACCUCACUUUAGAUCGAAGGAGUCUCUUUAUAUUUCUCUCGCCGAUGGUUUUAGAUGUUACAAUGACGAGCAAAAAGAUGGCGUAUGUGAGGAUUACAAAGUUCGAUUUUGCUGCCCAAAACAACCCUUGUGCGAAGAACCCAGUUCUUGGACAGGAUGGUUAAACAGGAAACGUGGUCGUUCGUUCGGGGAUAGAGAAACUUUGGAAUACCACAAGACCAAUAACAAUGUUUGCGACCACCCGCUGUCAAUACGUGCGAGAUUGAAUGGCAGUAAGAAGCCAUAUUGGUUUGGAAAUAACAUUAUUGAGAUUUCACCAAUCAUUGGUUUAAUCUGUCGGGAUGCUGAUCAAAGUGAUAGACGUUGCAGGGACUACUCUGUUUCCUUCUGUUGCCCUUUACUAUCAAUGUAGCACAGCAUAUGUUAAAUUGAAUUUCCCAAUCAUGUUGAUUAUAAUUUUGUGCCAAAAACACGAAGGAUAUGCAGUUUGUGGUACAACUCUGAAGUAAACUACUCAAUGCUAUGUAGUCAAUGCUGUACCAGAUUUUUACUGAAUAUAUUUUUAAGUUUGAUGAUAUCUGAAAAAACCACAUUUGUAUUACAUUAACUUUCUUUAUCAGUGUUCAGUGUUUCAGUUUUCUGUAAUAUUAAAUUGAACAAAUUAGCAGUAUUAGUAAAUACAUGUAUUUGAAGAGUAUUAAUCACAAAUUAAAACUAUUAUUUUGUUAUAUCAUA